GUACUGAUUGCCUGCUUGGCUGCACCAUUAGCCUCCAGGGUCUUCGAGGCGCUUAUCUGCCGGAGGCUGUCGUAUUAUGUGCUAUUUUGCCCGGAACCGGACGUCAAAUUGAAAUUCCGGACCGGUCGAUUGCUAGUAUUAGCUUGGCGUGUUCUGUCCAACCCACAGAGUUGCUUUACACACCAGCUUUGUUGUUGCAACUAUUCUCAGAACUGAGGAGGCUUAUCAGACUUAAAAGCGUCAAAUUUCCCGGUAAUAUUUUGUAUGCCUGGUACUUGUAAUCCACAGAAAAGCAACAAGCAAGCAAACACAACACUUCAAAGAAUUCCUACCCUCCGCCUUCACACAUCGAAACCAUCACCAUGACCAAAGAACUCACCGGGACUUGUCUCUGCCGCAAGGUCUCCCUUACAAUCAAGGGCGACACGAUGGGCACAAACCUCUGUCACUGUACCAACUGCCAAAAAGCAGCUGGGUCGGUCUUUUAUACUGGCGUCAGGUUCCAAGCCGAGAACGUCACCUAUAACGACCCCGAAUCUGUCACCAAGACGCAUGUCGAUGGCACCGGCCAAGCCGCCAGCGGUAUUGCGCGCUCCUUCUGUGGCAACUGCGGUUCUCUUGUCAGAAUCAGCAGUAUCAAAUACCCACAGUUUGUGUCGGUUCCUUUCGGUAUCAUUGACAGCGACGACAAGGCCGACUUCAAGCCCAAGAUGGAGUUUUUCUGCGAUAGGAGGGUGGACUGGGUCGCUCCCGUUGAGGGAUCUACCAAGUUUCCGACCAUGCCGGCGGUUUAGAACGGGAACUCACUUGGUUCUGAAUCCAGUGACUGAAGAAAUAACGAUCCAAAUACAGAGUCUUGUCAUCUUUCCCAGGUCCGACCCUUCUUCCAGCUUGUCGCGUGACUAUCGAUCUACCUUUUACAAUACCCAAUUGCUUUGAUUGAUCCAACCGCUUUCCUAUCCAUCACUUUCUCAUUUCCACUCUUCUCAUUCCCUCCAAACCAAAAUCCCUUCGUCAUACAAGCCAGUCAGAAACCCAACCCCUCUCGUACAGUCCCUGACGGCCGUCGCAGUCGUUCCGUAACCACCCGCCUCCCCACCUCUGGAGACGUACAGAUCCUUCAACCCGUCAGCCUCUGUCCACUCGGCCGCCCAGCUCGGCGCCAUGGCUUUGCGGCAAUGCUUCGGCUCCUUGGCCUUGGGGCUCCGUGCCCGUUCGUCCUGGCACAGCGCCCGCGACCGGCUGACUUGGUUUAGCUCCGGCGGCGACGGGUGGCCUGCGAUUAAUAGCUUGCCCUUUUGAUCAACUGACAGGUUGUCUGGCAGGAAUGGCAACUUGACCAUGCCAGUGAGCGGCAGAUGCUCUUCCUUGCCUUCCUUUUUAUUCUCACCCAAGCUGUAAAAGUGAAUGCUGGCCGUGCUGGUCGAAGCAACAACCAUUGUGGACUCAUUGAGUUGCGCGAUGCCGUUGGGAAACGGGAGCGACGCGACGGUGCGUAUGGACUCUACGGUCGACGGCUCUUUUGACGACAACUUCACCCGCACCACCGUACCCUUUGCCAAGAGCAAAUAAUUCUCCAGGGUGGACAGGGUCGGAUGAUAGCGCGCCGGGAAAUGAUGGUCGUUGGUGAUGUAGAGCUCGGUGCUGCUGACCACCUCGACCGAGUUGGGCGAGUAUAUCAGCGGAUCCUCUAUGGUCCCCAGGUGGUUGAGCGAAGGCGAUAUUAUCGACUGCUUGUAACGAAACACUUCUAACCGCGGGCCCCGCACGUCGUUGUUCAGCACAAAGAGGGUCUUGGUCGGAUGGUCGAAAGCGAUACCGAUGGGGUGAAACAACUUAGGCUGCGGGAAGCCGGAGAGGCCAAGCCUAUGCAGCCUCAUCGUUGCAUCACCGUCUGCAGCGACCACGUCCUUUGAAUACCUGUACAGCCAGAUCUCCCCGCCGGGAUUGGCGUCCUGAUCCUCGGCGAACGCGCCCAUGACGGUAUUCCAGCCGUCGCGACCGGGAUCGCAGCUCAGGAAGGCGACGCCGAGCUCGGGCACCACGAUCCCGUCCUCACAGUUCCGGAUCCGGUCGGCGAACAAGACUGCGUGACUGCCGCCGCCCGCCCUCGUGGCCGCUACAAAGGAUGCAUUCACAGGUGGUAGCUUGUGCGGCCUGUUGGCGUAGAUGCGCGACAGGGCAUAGUACCUGCCCGCGAGGUAGCGUGAGACUGGUGGUAUCAGCAGCGCCAGCUAUUUCACAUUGCCACGAUGGGGUGAUGGUGAGGAUCUUGUUAGCGCGGUGUCGGUUACUGAGUCGGCGGAACGAUGAUGUCAGGGGGGUUCUGGGGUGUCUUGUGGUCUCUUACCAGGAGCAACUUCACUGCCGAAGCUGGAUUCAAGCCAAAGGCGGCCAUGUUAGGGGUUCUUUCGUAUCGAUAAUUGGCUUUAGCUCGGGACAGCUGGUGGGGGGAACUGAAGCCAACCACCAGGGUUUGAGGUGGUUGUCCUGAGAGUUUAAAUGCGAGAACCGGAGGUUAAGGGAGG